GAUGUGCUCGCACGUACUCGAGUACAUUCCUUCUGCUCCUUACUUUUCCAUGCCGGCACAGUAAACCCCUUGCUCCCUGGUUCCCGGUUCUUUAGAGUGCUUGCGCUUGGACAGUGUGGGCAUUGCAUCUAUUCGUGCUAGAGUACUCGUAGAGUACCGAACCGGUAUUUGGUUUCGCUUCACCAGAAGGUUUGGAGCAAACCGGGAAGGAGCAAAUCCCCGCUAUCUCCUUUUACGCUUUUGUCCCUCUACUCGUACCGUACUCUCCCCUUCCUCCCUCUUUCUCGCUCACUUUUACCCUUUCUCCCUCUACGAGUGCCGACAAGACAAGGUGACACGGGGGUCACCGAUGUUUAUGGGAUUUGCCAUUCCCGGUCUAGCCCGAUCUAAGCCUACCUUCCAUUAACUCUUUACUUAACCUUCCUAGCUACCGGCACUGCGGUGAUGCUCCAAGGUGUCACACCAGUAUCUGUAUGGUAGGGAUAAGUGGUGAGGUAUAUAUCAAUCCGUCCCCCCGUUCCCGUCCAACCCAUCCCUUCCCCGCAAACACAGAGGACAAGCGGUUUUUUUUUUUGGCUUUUGCGGUUCCGCUUUUCGGUUUUGGUUGGUGUGAAUUGAUCGAAGCUCGAACUGCGUGAGAGAGAGAGAGGGUAGUGUGUGUGUGUGAAAUUGUCACGAGAUGGGCGAAGGGUUGGGACCACUUUUCCUGGUGGUUAUGUAUUCCUUGUUGGUGCUAUCGACGAUAUUUAUGGCGUUGAGGUGCGGUACUGUCCGGGCUCGAUUUGUAGGUUGGGUGAGUCUGGGUUCGUGGAUUGGUGGGCUAACAAGCAGGCUGCGCGGGAUGGUUUCUAGAUUUUACUGUCGAGCGUCUAUUGUCAAGAUGGUUGGACCAGACGAUUGGAUCAUGCUUGCUGCUUUUGUGAGAAUCCUUCUUUUUUGUAGUGGGUUUUUUGGAGGAAAGGUGAUAGCUGACCGGUUGACUGGUUGGUGGAUAGGUGAACGCCUGGGGGCUAGGUUGGUUCAACAUCUACGGACGUAGCAUGUCAGGUCCAGUCCGCGUCUGACAGAAGACAGGUAUAACAAAUCAUUUUCAGAUAAAAUACGGCAUUGGGCAAGUUCUCAAAAUACCUCCCCCCCCCCUACAAUCACCGCUAACAAUCACAUAGGGCCCACGCAGCGGACGCACCGGUACUUCCCCUUCCUCUCGCAAGCCCAUUCCAAUCCUACUGGAAAUACAAACUAAUAACGACCUCAGCCGUACGAUGAGGUCAUCAUCCCAACCCUCAAACUCUGGUACGUCUACCAGCUGCAAUACCUCGUUACUCUGUUCUUGAUCAAAUCAAGCAUUCUCUCCUUCUACCGGCGCAUAUCCCCGGAGAGAGGCUACCAGCUUUCGAUAACGAUCGUCAGUUGCAUUGUCGUGGCCUUCACCGUCGCGAUGUUGUUUGUGAAUGUUUGUUUCCCCCCUUGCUCUACCUGGUUGGAUUCUGGUUUUCUAACACCGGAAUGGAAAAGGUAUUUGAAUGCCCCAAGGACCCCAGCAGAGCAUGGUCGCGAGGUUUCCCGAGUGGCUGCAACGACCUUGUAGCGGUGUACUAUUUCAUGGCGGCCUUCAAUAUCAUCUCGGAUAUCGUUAUCUUGGUUCUGCCGAUGCCGUCGCUGUUGAGAUUGCAGAUCAACAGGAGGAAGAGAGGUUUGCUCUACACGAUCUAUGGAAAAAAAGUUAAUAUACUAACACUUGGAACUUUGAAGUGGCGUUGAUCCUAAUUUUCUCCUGCGGUGCCAUCGUAGUGGUAGCUUCGGCUGUCCGCAUAAGCGCGUUAUAUAAAAACCAAUAUACCAUUAAGACAGGAGGAGAUAUUCCUUGUAGAUAUUCCACCCCCCUCCUUCUUGCGCCCAUACUAACUAUUUUCCUAGACGUAGCAACCUAUGUCCUCCUGUGGUCCCAAGUAGAGGUCAACGUCGGCAUCAUCACCGCCUGCGCCCCUGCCCUGAAGCCCCUCGUCCACUCUGUCCUUCAAGGCACUAGCCACGCAAGGAACGGCUAUGCACAGAAGGCCAUUGGCUACUCGGGAACCGGGCAGAGGAACAAUCAUGCCAUACCCCUGCGUUCUCUAGGGUGUAAGGAAGCCAAUAAGUCACAUGGAAAUACUACUACGGUCGACGCGGGGAGUAGCGAGAGCCAGGAGGAUAUUGUGUUCAAGGGCGACGGGAUUGUCAGGACGGUGGAGGUGAAGGUUGAUAUGGAGGUGGACGGGAGAUCGGAGGAUAGUAUACGACAGCUGGAGUUUGGGCCGCAGCGGGUUUGAGGGGGGGGGGGUAACUUAUGCUUUUUGUUUGGUUGUUAUGCCGUCAUUGGAAGAUUGGAUAUUGUGGUUUUAAUGAGUUGUAAAUAUUAGAUAUCGACUUUCUUUGUCUCGACGGGUUAGUAAUAUAUUAUCACGAU